UUAACAUUUUGACCCAAAACCCAUAAUCGAAUCCGCCAUCUUUGGUUCUAUAAGAUUCUCUCUUCCCUUCCGUUGACUUGGAUAAAUUCCCACUAUUUCAGAAUCAGCAGCGAUCAAACAACAUCCUCGUCUUGUUCCUGUUGUUCCCUUUUAAGCUUUGUUUCGUCAUCAUGUUUCUUAUAUUUGCAUGCCCAAUUUAAGAGCUAUGUCAAUAGCAGCCAUUGAGAGCAUGGCAUCGCUGAGCACCGAUGUUUUCUACGACAUAUUGAGGCGCCUUGAUGGUCCAAGUUUGGCCUCCGCAGCAUGUUCGUGCUCGGCAUUUUGUUCCAUCUCCAGAGAGGAGAGACUGUGGGAAAAUGUUUGUUCUUCUUUGUGGCCUUCAACCAACAGAGAUGAUGUUAAAAGCUUGAUUUUGGCGAUUGGCGGAUUUAGAAAAUUCUAUGCAGAUUGUUUUCCGCUUAUUGUUAAUAAGGAAGUAACAGAGUACCAGUGGAAUGGCCAUCUCGAGUACCCCGAAGAAUGGACGGAAGCAGAAUAUUACGGCGACAACUCCGGGCUUGAAAGUAUCUCGCCGUUAGAUUUUGUUUCAGUUGUGGAUAUCAGGUAUAAAGAUAAAACAAUCUGCUCAAAAGUUCUAUGGGGCAUUCCAAAUGCAAAUGGAUCCAAUAGUUGGUUUCACAAUUGCCCAUUCCGGAUCGAUCUUCUUAAUUAUGCAGCCAGAGACGAUGAUAGUGAAGGUGAGGUUACCCUCUCGGUUUCCGACGGUCUGCCACCUAUUACCUCCAUGGAAAAGGAAAGGAAAGACGGAAAGCUUUGGAAAGAACUCCGAGACGGCAUCCGCCUUAGUUGGAUCAUUGUGAACAGGAAAGUUAAGGAAGCCGCUAAUGUUGCGAGCUGGAGUCCUCUUGGCGGACAGAGACAUUGGCCAACGGAUAAAGAUUUUGUGAUACGGUUCGGGUCUGUUCUUCCUGCCAAAGACAUCCUCCCAUGUCAAGUAGUAGAAUGCAUUCUCAUAAUGAAGUUCAGAGUCGUACAAACGGAAGGUGUCGCUGUAGAGACGACUCUCAAAUUGACGGAGCUAAGCAUGCAGCUGGAAGACAUGGAAGGUGCGCACGUUAACGGAAGGAACAGUUUGCAUAUUCUCAAGGAAGCGCUAAGCUGCCGUCGAAGCAAAAACUACAGCGAAGUUGUGGAAUCAUGUCAUCUGUACUCGAAAGUGCAGAGCGAGUUAAAAGAGGAGAAGAAGAGGAACGAAAGCAGGUUAGAUAGACUUUGUAUACUAAGUGGCAUUGCUGCUUUUGUGACGUUUUGGUAUUAUAUAUUGUAGAUGUAGAUGCCUCUGCUUCAAUUUAACCACCUUUCCUAUGGAUUUUCU